UGGAGACAAUAUAAAUUAGGUAAAAAUCAAUAUAAAUUGGAAGAAAAAAGAAAAAAGGAGUUAGAAAUGAGAAAUAGUCAUUCAGAAAUGGGGUUGAACAAUUUGCAAUCACAAGACCAGGAAAAUCAGAGCCUAAUAGAUAAUGUAGAGGCAGAAAGUCAAGCCGAUAAUAGUAAUAAUAGUCAUAUUCAACUUUUACCUGAACAAAAUGAACAAAUAAAUGAAGAGGAUGAAGUUCAAGAACCCUAAAUCCAACAUCCUUCCUAAAUAAAUACUCCUAAUUAAUUUGAACUAUAUUUUUGGUAUUGGAAUAGCAACAGUAAUUUUCCGAAGCGGAGAGGAUGCGUUUGAUCAAAGAGUUUCGUAUAAAACCGAAAACCAU